AUGGACACUUUAAAAGUUGCUGAGCUCUGUUUCCCACAACUAACCAACAACUCGUGCAAGAAACCUUCGCAGAAGAACUUUGAAAACAUUUUCAUUUAUGUUCUGCUAUCCUGCAUCUGUUUCCUGACUGUGAUUCUCAACCUGCUGGUCAUCAUCUCCAUCUCCCAUUUCAGGCAGCUCCACACCCCGUCUAACCUCUUCCUCCGCUCUCUGGCUCUCUCAGACUUCCUGGUUGGGCUCGUGGUGAUGCCGGUCCGAAUGCUCCUGACAGAAAGCUGCUGGUUUUUUGGGAGCUUCAUGUGUGGGCUUUGCAAUUAUAUCUCUUUUGUUAUUACGUCUGCCUCAGUAGGAAACAUGGUGCUAAUAUCAGCCGACAGAUAUGUGGCUAUCUGCGAGCCUCUGACUUAUCCCAACAAAGUGACCCAGAGUAGAGUUCAGGUCUGUGUUGGUCUGUGCUGGGCCUGCUCUGCGCUCUACAACGGCGUGAUUCUCAGGGACCACCUGCAAAAUCCUGACAAAUAUAACUUGUGCCAUGGGGAGUGCGUAAUAUUAAUUGACUUCUUAACAGGAGCUUUUGAUCUGAUUAUUACCUUCUUUGGUCCUGUUUCAGCCAUCGUUUUCAUGUACAUGAGAGUGUUUGUGGUGGCUGUGUCUCAGGCUCGAGCCAUGAGGUCUCAUGUUGCAGCUGUGGGUCUGAAGGGUUCAGCUCCUGCAUCUGCUCAGAGGUCUGAGAGGAAAGCAGCUACAGCUGUUGGGGUGGUUGUGAUGGUCUUUGUUUUCAGCUUCUGUCCUUACUAUUAUCCUUCUUUUGCAGGAAAGGACUUGCUGUCCAGUGAAGUAGUUUCAAAUUUAGUGAUCUGGUUAUUUUAUUUAAACUCUUGUCUAAAUCCAAUGAUUUAUGCUUUUUUCUAUCCCUGGUUCAGAAAAUCCCUUAAAUAUAUCGUCACACUCCAGAUUUUACAGUCUGAUUCCUGUCAUUUCAACAUCCUCUAG